UGACUCCGAACUUUACGGUAAUUAGACGUCUUUCUCACCGCUGCCGCCAACGUAACCGAGGGGUUUAUAUAUGUCGCCUAUACUGUAUACAACUACAAAAUAAUAAAACACGAAGGCUCCGGUUUUACACGAGGACCACUUUAAUUUGUUUGUUUUCAAAACCACUUCCGCUCUUAGCGCCUUCAAAAUAAGAGCUCGAGGCAUAUACCGCAGCUUAUAACAUCACAAAGAGGCAAGUUCAUAAAAAUAAGGUUACCAAAGCAAAGACGUGUCAUAGGAGCUUCAAAGAGGCGUUUAAAAAAAUUUUCCCUCCUUGGAUUAAAAAGUGACGCGAUUUAUACUUUGCCUUACUCUUGAACCAACUUGAGUCCUCCGAGGGCGGGCGGGAUGGCGGAUGACGGCGAGGAAGACCCGGAGGAGAACCGCAAGAGGCGGACGCACACCUUCCCCAUCGUCCGACACACGGACAUGCCCAAGCCCAUGAAGACGGAGGCCAUCGCCUUCUGCAUGGCGGCCUUCGAAAAGUUCGCCAACAACAACGAGCACGCGGCCAAGAUGGUGAAAGAGGCCAUGGACCAGAAGUUCGGCGCCGCCUGGCACGUCGUCAUCGGCGAAAGCUUCGGCUUUGGCGUCACUCAUGAAACGAAGAAUCUCCUCUACAUGUUCUUUGGGGGGAACUUGGCGGUUUGCUUGUGGAAGUUCUGCUGACGUCAUCAUUUGAUCAAAUAAUCAUCUGAACGCUGUUCAAAUAAAAUAUAACAAAUGACGUCACUUCCUUGUUUACAAUGACUUUCUUCUUCGCUGGCAGUAUCUGCGCACACUAGCGCCGCCUGCCGGGCUGGCGUGUGGGAAACCGGAAACGGCCGUAAAUACGCCACCUGUAUUUUAAUAUUUUUGGAUAUGUACACAAAAAUGGUACAAUAAUAAAACGCACAAACUUGUACCCUAAAUAAACUACAUUAUAAAAAAGUACAGUUUGUCACUCGCCGGUUUACUGAGCUGCCAGAUUCGUUGGCGCAUGCGCCAAACGUCGUUCCUACUCCCGUUUUAAAAAAAAAAAAACAAUUUUCUAAAAUAUACGUAGUAGUUU